UCAGCCUUGGUGACGACCCGAGCGCCGGCUGGCUGGGGCGAAACAGGCUAAGGAGUAGAUCGACUGUGUACAGACCACUCUCAAAAGGUGCGACAUCCUCCUCCAGCCGGUCAGCCUGAGGAAAAAUCAGUGGUGCAAGGACAUGAAAACACGUCGCUGGCCUUUUUGCUCCACAAAGGGUACUGUGUUUGGGCCCUGUUUGGGUUUGGUUUCGAUGUGGCCUGAACUGACCGUGCAUGGCGGAUGAUGAGCGAGGAGAGACAGUAAAGGAAGAGACCUAUGUAACCUGUUCUGUAACGCAUGGCGUGACUGCGCUCCUGGAAUGCCACCAGAUCUCUCUUGUGCAGACUGGGUACUGGUGAUCGUACACGGCGAAUAGAGUUUCCCCAUCCUGAUUAUAGUCAACGGGCGUCUGGUGGUUGUUGCGUGCAGAAGCCGGACAAUGCCAUUUCAGCGAAUGCGCGAAACAGCGUCGCUGCUGUUCCUGAUUGUUGUUGCGGACCUGAGACAAAGUUCUGGCCGACCGAACCCUCCAAUUACCGAUGACGUGCGCGGGCAAGGCACUGCGAUUGGCGCAGUACAUGUGCAGAUCAGUGGUGGCUUUGAAGGGGCACGGCAGCCUCAUGCAGGCAUUAAUCCACCCAGCUGGAGUGGAGCAGAACAAGAGAAGAAGGAUUCCACGCCGCUCAACAGUUCUGAGAUUGCGGAAUGCCAAGCGCUAGUUCCGGCAUUUCAAUGGCCUGAUGACGUCAUCUGUCGACAGCAUACUGCGACCGUUUUCUAUUGCCAAUGCCGCCUUGUUUUCGAAGCCAGAGUAAAAGCUUCUGAUCCGUAUCCAACCCUGAGAGCUGGCCCGAGCUACGACCAGCUGCAACCCUACGAAAGAAACAUCGUGGCAAUAUAUUGCAUGCGACGCGGCCAAGGCAUGCCAGAUUCACCGGACAGCAGCUCCGUAUUCUGGAACGGCGCUGUAGCGUGCCCCAAACCCGUCAAGAAAAGAGCUGAUUCUACAGAUCCACUGGUGCGCUGUGGGAACUUUCCCCAUAUAUCUCAUGCAUACGUCAGCUCUACGAGUGUGUCGAAGGGACUAGCGUACGCAACGUACUCAUGUCAGCAAGGAUACAAGAUGCAAGGUCUUCCCGUUAUGCGAUGUCGACGCCAGCAAAGAUGGCGUCUGCUGGACAAAAGGAAUGGGCCGAGAUGCCAGCAAGCAGCCUGUACCAGCUUUCAGGAAGACCGCCUGCACGAAAUGAAGAGCCUGCAGCCCUACCUCGUCAUACUCAACUCCACCGCGGUGGCCUUGGUGAACGAGUCGCUGCAUUUCGCCUGCUCAGGCAGACACGAAAUCCAGGGAAGUGAUCGCCUGACGUGCGUGGAUAGACCUGAUGAAGGGCCAGUAUGGGAUGCAGAUAUUCCCAGAUGUGAAGCACCGCCAAGCUGCUCAACGAAUCAAUUUGAAGAUGCAGGCUUGUUAGUCACUGGGUAUCGGCCAAGUAGGCACGGCUCAGACAUUCCCUUCCAAGUGGCAGGCACCAUCAAAGCUGGUCAGCACAUCACCAUACAGUGCCCGGAGCCCCAACGAUGGAAGCGCACGCAAAGCAGCUGGCGCAGCAACCGCGAGACACUGACCGUGGAACGGAGCGGCUGGGUUCGAGUACAUUGCUACGGUAAUGAGAGGUGGAGCAUCGCUCCACGAGCCGCCAUUGAUAUGCUGAGUUGCCAAGGUGGGCAUGACACGCCUGAAGAUGAUGAAGAAGGAGGAGAAGAAAAUGACGAAGAAGAAGCUGAAGAGCGAGGCUAAACACAACACCACUCUAUUGACAAACUAAUUGAGAUUGAGAUUUGAGAUGAAUUUAGUCAACUGGUAAUGGGCCUACUACAGGACAAUGUGCCCGGAGUGACAUGCUCCCCAAGGAAAAGCUACCAUGGGCGCAAGUUCCGCGCCAGCCCUGAAACAGGCAACCCCAAUGCAGCUGUAAGGUCGAUUAGCUAUACCUUGUGACUAGAAUGUACUUGACUGGAUGCCUUUCUCCACGUGACAUUUGGUUCGUCAGUGGCCAGGACCAUACUUCGUGAUAUCGUAGUGACAUAUUUCACACUUGUAGGCUACUAUUCUUUACGAACAGUGAACAUGGAGUACAGAGUGACGCACACGCACAUAAUAAAUUUUAAUUAUAGGGGGAGAAUAACAGUGCACUAUUACUAUGCGGUGUGGCAUUCUGGUGGAUCGCAGACCUUGCUCAUACAUACACACAUACAUACACACAUACAUGUACAUACAUACAUACAUACAUACAUACAUACAUACAUACGUACAUACGUACAAAGAAUAAGAGGACGAAAAAGUGUUUUAAAACCUUUUAAAACCUCUCUGUUUUACAAACAUACAUACACACUCAUCUGUUGCAAGUCACCCUGACACAUAGCAUGUGUUGAGCAUACGUAUUAUGACUUUGCUGCGAUUUUGUUAGCCAAGCGUGUUACAAUACAUUUGCCUCAAACUCUGUACAGCGCGAAUGCGCUUCAAUCCUAUCACCCCCCAGCAGACCCAUCACGGAAUACUGUUGAUCAGAAUCUUAUCUCGCAUAUAUUCCAAGCAUGUACAAGCACCUUUCUGAUCAAUCCCGAACUCCUUGAUUAAGUUUAUAAUGAGCUUGUAGCAUCAUUAAUUAAUAACGUUAGAUAAAAGCAACAGGAAAGUCGAAUCGGCAACACUUCAUGCGUUGCUUUCCAUUUUUAUUUACCUCAACUAAUUUUGAUUUGGGACUUCUCACAAUUCGGUGCUAUUUUCGGUUUCCAAUUUUUUCUCCGUUCACCUACAUUCUCAACUGAUUUUUAAAUUCAAUUCUAGAACAAUUUCCGGAAAGCAGAGCGAUGGCUCUCUUUCGGCGUGAGUUCUCUGCUGA